GUUUCAAAAAUCUAUCAAUGUAUGUUUGCAACUAGAAAAUGCACUGUUCUGAAGACAGGAACAAGUGGCAAACAGCAGCUGCUUCUCAUAUUGUAAUUACUAUUUCAUUAAUACAUCGGUAUUGAUCUUGUUUAAGGUAAAUGUGUCUGUAAUGGGAACCCUGAAAAACUUCGCAAUUUUCUUUGUGGUCUUUCAAGAAAACGUUGGCGGCUCUUCUGAACAUGUCAGCUGGAUUGGCUCUAUUAUGUCCUCUCUUCGAUUCCUGGCAGCCCCACUGGUAACCGCAGUAUGUGAAAUGCUGGGUGAAAGGAAGACUUCCCUGAUGGGCGCUUGCCUAGUUGGUGCAGGGUGCCUUGUCAGCACUCUGGCCACAAGCAUUUCUUUCCUGUGCGUGUCCAUGGGAUUUCUUGCAGGACUGGGUUUCGCUUGCUUGUAUCAGGUAGCAGCUGUGAUGACAGUUAAGUACUUCAAGAAACGGCUGGCUCUAGCCAACGCAAUAGGACGUUCAGGAAUGGGACUGAGUGUUGCGCUAGCGCCGUUAGUUCAAUUCCUGAUAGAAGUGUAUAGCUGGAAAGGUGCCCUAUUGCUAUAUAGCGGCAUGAUGUUAAACCUUGUACCUUCUAGCAUGCUACUACGGCCAGUUAAUGUGAAGAAAAGAAAAGAUGUGAGUACUAGGAAGCAAGGCAACCAAGUGUCUGUGCACUGUAAGUUUCCAGAAGCUUUUAAAGUCAGCCUGCAUGAAACCCACACCACAGAAUCAGACAGCCUGGCUCCUCCCAGCCAAGAAUGCACCAAGACAGACAAGCUGCAGGAGGUUGGAAACGUACAAUUAAUCUCAGAAACUUACACGUAUUUUGAAACACCAAAGCAAGACAGCCUCCUGGACAUUCAGCCAGACAGUACUCGUAACAAAGCUAGUAGUCUAAACUACCUCAACCAAAAGGAAAUAAAAUCGAAGCUGAAGUCUUUUCCUUAUAAGCACUGUCAUCUUGAUUUUUCCCAGCUGAAAAAUCCCUUCUUCUACAUUUUCACGUGGUCUUUUCUCUUCAGCCAGUUAGCCUACUUUAUUCCUACCUUCCACCUUGCGGCCAGAGCCAAAACAUUGGGCAUAGAUGCCAUGGACACAGCUCACAUCAUUGCAGUGGCUGGAAUAACAGAGACAGCCAGCCUACUGUUCUCUGGUUGGAUUGCAGAUCAGAACUGGAUCAAGAAAUAUCAUUACCAUAAGGCAUACCUCAUUCUUUGUGGUGUCACCAACCUGCUGUGUCCUCUGGCCACAACCUUUCCUUUACUUAUGAUCUAUUCUGUAACAUUUGCCAUUUUCAGUGGUGGAUACCUGGCACUGUUGCUUCCUGUCCUGGUAGAUCUUGUAGGGGCUCCCAGAUUCCACAGUGCACUGGGACUUGCCUCAUUCCUUGCUGGGCUUGGAGUCAUCACCGGACCUCCUAUUGCAGGUUGGUUAUAUGAUUACACUCAGACGUAUGCCUGCUCCUUCAUUUUUGCUGGCAUCUGUUUCCUUGUUUCUCCCAUUUCACUAUUCCUUGAGCCUUUAGCUCAAAAAUGGAGACGGAAGAAAGAACCUGACAUGAUAAUGUAAGAAAACAAAAUUCUACAAGAAGAAGAAGUGGUGG